AACUAACUAAGUUUUUCCUGUGUUACAUCAAUUGCGCGCGCUUGGAACUUAAUUCCGCGCGGAAAAUGUCAUCGUGUACGGAUUUGUUGCGGCUGAAUGAAAGUCGAGUGUUUAAAGAUCUCAAAGCGAGCCUGUCGAGCAGCAUCAAGGAAACGCGGAAUAUCCUGGAGAUUCGUGACAAUGUGCUGUUUGUAUGGAAUACUGACAAAAGUCGCGUACUCACGUUCAACAUCGCGACCGCCCGUGGCGAACUCGACGAAGACAGCCCUUAUCAGUCUCUUCAACCGACAGAUCCGCCAAUAUUCGAUGUUACGAAUAUGUUGAUAAACGAGACUGCGACGCAGUUGGCGCUAUGGGGAAAGUUGGGCAUCGCACUCAUAGAGCUACCGAAACAAUGGGGCAAGGACGCCGUUUACGAGGGUGGCAAGGAAGUGAUUCUUUGCACAAAUCAUAACUUUGGCGAUUUUGGAGCAACUACAGAAAUUCUACAAGUGCGAUGGCAUCCGGGUUCCACGAAUGACUCACAUUUAUUGGUUUUAACAUCAGAAAAUUCUUUCCGUUUAUACGAGUGCGAACUGGGAGGUGCACCAAGACUCAUAAAAUGCUGGAAGGUCGGCCGUACACCAUCGGACUCGCCCUCGAAGAUCCCAGACUUUACGUCCCUCGGCGAGACCGCGGUGGACUUUGAUUUCGUGACUCCUACUCUGAGGAAACCGGAAAUGUUCGCCAACAUGGGCAUCGAUGAAAUAAAGGACAUAAUCGACUGGAAUCAAAUCGAGUGGCCGAUCUUAGUUCUUCGCGGAAACGGCGAAGUACUGAUUGUCCGCGGCAACGUUUUAUUAGAAAAUUACGAAGACCCAGUGGUUCUUGGCUCGCUAUCUAUGUAUCCGUCGACCGUCGACAAUUACGGAAUAGAUUCAUGCUCUAUCAUGUGCCUGCAAACAACCCCGCCGAUAGUAGUCAUCGCCAUGUGCACUGGAAAAAUUUAUCACGCAAUACUGCUGCGCGAAAUAUUGGACGACGACGAGAUGGACAGAAAGACUUGGUCGCAAUAUGGUUCAACUUAUAGUCUUCAUACACCGGACGACGCACUUUACGUCUACGAGUGUGUCGAACUGGAACUGGGUCUCCUCUUCACGGACGAUGAUAAGAAAUAUAAUUGUCCUGUCCAUCUUCAUUGUGAUAAGGGCAACAAAUCGCGAUAUUUUUGCUCUCACAAUGCUGGUAUUCACAUGGUGAGUUUACCGAUGGUUUCUCAACUGGAAGAUAUUGUACUUGAUAACGACGAGAACCAGUCUUUGUCAAAUCAUUCGACUUUACAAUAUCUUUUUUCUACGAGGACAAAGCACACAAGCACAGACGAAGCUACGCCGAUACUCGGUUUCGGUCUUCUUCAAGAACCCUGUGUGUUAAUCGCAUUACUGCACACGGGCAUCGUUAUCGAUCUCUCGGUUAUAGAUCUUUAUUACCUCCCAAGAAUCGAGCAAUUAGAACCUAUCGUCAACGUUCGCAAAAAAAGUAAUUAUCAAUAACUAAAUAUUGUGAACAAGGAACCGUUUGACGUGUAUAUAAAAAAAUUAUUGAAACGCGAAAUAUCGCAACCUAUAACUAAAAUAGGAUCCCGCUCAAUGUCUUUGAGCGAAUCCCUAGAAUUGUUAUAUCAUGCUACCAAUAUUUUUCGUACUCAACAUUUUGCCCGACACGAUAAAGUCCGGGAAGAAAGCAAUAAGAAGGUCCGCACUUUGAAAGCUUUAAAAAUUCAUUUAUUGAAAGAAGCUGAUACUAUAAUAGGGACGAAGAAAGAAUUGCGACAAACCGCCGAACGUUUAGCUGAAAAAUAUGAAGAUAUAAAUGAUAGACAAAAAGAUUGUGCGCGUAGAGCAGAGCAAGUUCUAAAACUGGUAAAUUACAAACAACCUUCAAUGACGGCUGUUGAGCGAACGGAGGCGGAAGAUUUGAAGAAGAUUCAUACAAAGUUACACGAUAUGGAAAUUCGACUUGAACAGCUGAAGAAAAAAGCUGCGCAACAAGCCACAUCUACAAACAAUACCGAACUCAACGAGAAGAAAGAAAUUGUUUUUUCAGGUAAUCAAGAGGUAGCAGUAAAGGAGAACCUUGCCCAAAUGGGAAAAAAUAUAAAAAAUAUGGUGGACAAGGUGAAACAAAUCAAAGCAGAGAUUAGUCUUUCAUAUAUCAGCAAAUAGUAGCAAAUAUUAUUAAUUUCUAAAUUCAUGAAAUAAUGGCAUAUUAAAAAAUCGACUAGUAUGAGA